UAAAAGAAGAAGCGGUAACCCGUUCUAUUCUUUUGGACGUCUGGCUUGGGUUGUGGUACUAUAUUUCCAAGAAGAAGCAGAAGAAGAAGGGCAACGCAAUUCGGCAGAAGGCUCUGAAUCUAUAUAAGAAGAUUGCUGAAGAGGAUGAACAAGACCCGCAGCCAGGGACAUCGACAGCACCAGACCCUGGAAGUUUUCAGGCUAGCAAGGGGUGGUUUGAAAAGUUUUCAAAUCGUCAUAAUCUAAAGAGUGUGAGAUUGCAUGGAGAGGCUGCAUCUGCCGACGUAGAAGCCGGAGAGAAGUAUCCGGAAACAUUCAAACAAAUCAUCCGGGAGAAGGGAUACAGGCCUGAACAAGUCUUCAAUAUGGACAAAACGGGAUUGUUUUGGAAGAAAAUGCCAUUGAGAACGUACUUGAUGAAGGAAGAGGCCAGAGCUCCUGGAUUUAAGGCACAAAAGGACAGAGUCACCCUCAUUAUGUGUUCCAAUGCUGCUGGCCACUUGCUCAAACCAGGGCUGAUUUAUAAGUCUGCAAACCCCAGGGCCCUCAAGAACAAGAACAAGAAUGCCCUGCCUGUCUACUGGAUGCAUAACCCUAAGGCCUGGAUAACCAAGGUCAUUGCAUCCGACUGGUUCCACCAGUGUUUCAUCCCUGAAGUAGAGAAAUACCUUCUCAGCUUAGGCCUUGAAUUUAAGGUGUUGCUAAUCAUGGACAGUGCAGUAGGGCACCCCCUAGAUCUGUUGUAUGAUGGUGUGCAGAUCGAGUUCCUCCCUUCGAACACCACCUCCCUCAUACAACCUAUGGACCAAGGCGUGAUCCGUGCCUUUAAGGCCCUCUACACACGUAACUCUAUGCAACACUUGGUCAGUGCGAUGGACAUGAUGGAGAACUUCACCUUAAUGGAAUACUGGAAGAAAUUCACCAUAGCGACAUGCCUUACUGUAAUUAAGUCUGCUCUCAAAGAAAUUCAGAAGGAAACUCUCAAUGCAUGCUGGAAAAAACUGUGGCCAGACGUAAUCCACGACUACAAGGGCUUCUCACCGGAGGAGAUUCAUAAUGAGGCUGUCAGCAAGACUGUGAUACUGGCAAGAUUGGUUGGAGGUGAGGGGUUUGAGGAUUGCACCGAAGAAGAAGUCGACAAACUCAUCGAUGCCCACUCUGACCCCCUGACGGAUGAUGACUUGCUCGAGCUGACCAAGGCAGCAAGCGAAGAGGAAACGGCUGAAGAAAUAAAGGAGGACGACGAGGGUCUUUCAUUGGAACGUCUCGGAGUAAUCAUGAGGACUCAACAGCAGUUGCAGUCCUACAUAGAAGAGUGGGAUCCCUUUUUUGAACGUGCUCUGAAAACCAUAAAUGGAUUAAAUUCAGCCAUGGAGACAUACAGAGCCCUCUACACCACUAUGAAAAAACCAGCAUCAGCAGAGCAAAAUAACUUGGUUCUUCGAGUCGAAACCCAAACGCUCCCACGAACCCCCGCCUGAAGAGGGAGACUCUGAGGAGUUGUAACUCCUCAUGUACACUAUGCAGUCAUUUUCAUAUUUUCACCGUACUGCAUCAUCAUUAUCUAAAAUCAAAAUUCAUCAUUGGUGAGUACCCAUACUAUUUUUUAUUAAAUAUUUUUAAUGUUUUGUAUUUUUGUUCUCUCUCUUCGUGGUUAGCGCACACAUAUAGGUUGUAAAAAUACUUAUUUCUGUAUGUCUUUACGUAAUUUGAUUUGAAUACCUGUACCCUGUAUGUACAGUACAUGUUUCCUUUACGUAUUUUAUUAAAUUGUACCUUGGUUACAUUUAUAUGACUUCUGUCAAUAUGUUCACAGUCCCGUUUGUUUACUCUUUACCUUACUGUGAAUGCAAAAGAACUGUAGCCGAUGCCACGUUCUAUGAAUUAGUAGGGGUAUGUCGUAACAUUAGUAUACUGUACGGUAAAUGUGCUACUGUGACAAAUAUCCGUUAGGUGAUACUGUACUCUUUACAUCAAACAUUUUUUUUUUUUUUUUUUUAAAGGUAAUGUAUUAAGCUAACUUUUAAAUGAAAUUAGUGUUUUGGGAGCAUGUUCAGGGUUUAAACUAGAAAUAAGCACAAAUUACCAUUUUUAGUGACUAUCAAACAUCUGCGAAUCCUCCUUAUUCGCGACAGAUUCUGGAACGUAACCUCGCGAAUGUCUGAGGUCUUACUGUAUUUUAUAAAUUUGUUUUUAAUUGUUGAGAAAGCUGACUGCUUUGUAGUUUUGGAUUCGGAUGGCAUAUUCAAAGCUAUGUACUGGACGUGGGAGCAGAGUUUUGGAUCACCUCAAACAGACCCAAAAUUCUCUUCAUAGCUACUGGUAAACCCGAGAUUGGAGUUGAACCAGCAUCCGAAGGAAAACUGUAAGGUGCAUUUCCUCUGCUUUUGUUUGUGUACAAACAAGAUAACUGGCAUCUGUACUCACUUCAAUGAUACAGUGCCGAGUCAGAUCAGGGCACUUUGCUUCUGGGUACCUGACCCAGGAGAUGUUCUGUCACUAUGAUUUUACACUUCCAGUGAUGGUGUCCUUAUUACCCAAUAAUGAUGAGGCAUUUGUCCAAGAGAGCUGCUUGGUGAAUAGCGAGCCUGGGGACUGGUGGACUUGAUUACAUCAUGGACGCCUAUGGUCCAGAAGAGGUCUGGCUUUGCAGAGGGCAACAUUAAGAUACAAUGUGACCACCAGGGGGCUCUGUGCUGUUGCCCAGGCAGAGUCGCUGUGCUUCAAGUUGCCAAGAAGGCUGUAUGUGUGCAGGUGUCCUGAGAGUGUGCUGCAUCAAGACCCCAGAAGCAAGACUGGCAUAAGAAGCCCCACCCACAUGAGCAUUGUGGAGCCCAAGGAAGGGACACUAAUACCCCCCUGCCCCCCCCCCCCCCCCAACCAAUUCUUACCAAACGGGGGUCCAAAUCAGAAGUCUCUGUGAUUACUCAGGUUCCCCUUGUGGCCACUAAGGAGGAUGAAAAAUCCAAAGACUAUUUGGCAUCUGCAAGCAACUACUUGCAAAAUAUCCUAAGCCAUUCCAAGUGUAUUAAAGACGCAGGAAAUCAAGGGAGAUUGAGGAACAUGAAAUCUGAGAAGCACCUGUGCGCUAACUGUCAGGAGUGCAGAGCCAAUGGAAUGUUGGAGCCAAUGGAAUGUUGGAGCCAAUGGAAUGUUGGAGCCAAUGGAAUCUUGGAGCCAAUGGAAUCUUGGAGCCAAUGGAAUCUUGGAGCCAAUGGAAUUUGAAUUGUCAGUUGCUGACAGUUUUUCUGCUGCUCCACGGGUCAGAGUAAGAAAAGUGGAGCUUCCCAAAAGCAGUGUGACAUGGAGGGGCUGUGGUACGUGCGACAAAGUUGCAGCGAUGAAGUCAAGUACCACGUCAAACCUGGCGAAUCAUCUUGAAGACUCACAUCCCGGUCUUUGAGACAUUUCGCGAGGUCAGUAAACAUUUUUGAUAACUUCAUGUUAAUCACACCUUAACAUUAGCCGUUUAUUUUAUUUAUCCUUUAUUUUACCAGGCAGGUUCCAUAGAGAUACAGUAUCUCUUCUUCCACGAAGAAGAUGGCAACAAAUAAGAAAAAUAAGACAAACGUUUCAUAUACUUACACACAGAAAUGAUAAAUAUAAACACAAACUAAAACGUACAAAUACUCAAACUCUCUAAAAGUAAAAUAAAAUUAAUUUAUAUGACACAAUGACACUGUUCUUUAAGCUCAAAGUUUGAGAUUUAACACAUUCAGAAAAGGCAAGGAGCCUAAAUUCAAUAUAUAUUGUAAUACAUUCCACUCGUGGUGUAUAAAAACAAAAGGCGGAUUUCCUCAGUUCUGUGUGUGUGGUGGGAGUCUAAUAUAGUUAAUGUGGGAACAAUUACAAAAACAAAACAAAACCUGUUCUGUAAAAUGUGGUAAAUGCCCAGUCAUACUU